AGAGAUGGGGAUGUGGUGAUUGGUGGGAUAUUUUCCUUUCACAACAGCUGGGACCAGACAACACACACAUUCACAUCGGGACCACAGCAGCCAAAAUGCAAGAGCCUGAGCCUCAGAGAAUUUCAAAAUGCCCAGACAAUGUUAUUUGCCAUUGAAGAAAUCAACAACAGGACUGAUAUUCUUCCUAGUGUCAAUUUGGGUUAUACAAUCUAUGACUCCUGUGGAUCAGUAGAAAUGGCCGUAAGAGCUUCCUUAUCUUUAGUUAAUGGCCAUGGGAAAAACACCGCUGCAGGGUCCUGCACCAGACCUGAAACAGUUCAAGCAAUCAUAGCAGAAACAUCAUCUACUCCUACUAUUGCCAUCUCUGCCACAGUGGGACCUUUGCAUGUGCCUGUGAUCAGUCACUUUGCAACAUGUGCAUGCCUAAGUGACAGAAAAAAGCAUCCAUCUUUCUUCAGAACAAUUCCCAGUGAUUAUUACCAAAGUCGAGCACUGGUCAAACUGGUCAGACAUUUUGGAUGGACAUGGGUAGGAGCUCUGUGCAGCAACAAUGACUAUGGAAACAAUGGUAUGAACACAUUUAUCAAUGCAGCCAAAGAAGAGGGUGUGUGUGUUGAGUUUUCUGCGGUCUUCUUCAGGACUGAUCCUAGAGAGGUCAUUCUAAAAAUAGUGGAGACUAUUAAGACCUCAAGCUCCAAAGUGAUAGUAGCUUUUGUCUCAUACUCUGAUAUGGAGGUUCUUCUAAGGGAAAUAGCACUGCAGAAUAUCACAGGCCUACAAUGGAUUGGAAGUGAGUCCUGGAUAUCUGAUAUGAACAUUGCCACUGCUGAAUGGCAACACAUUCUAAGAGGGUCCAUGGGUUUUGCUAUUCCUAAAGCUAAAAUCAAUGGCCUAGAGAAAUUUCUGAUUAAGCUUAAGCCAUCAUUUGAUGCAGACCUUUACAAAGAGCUGUGGGAAACAGUAUUUGAAUGUAUACUUCACACACAAGUAAAUGUUGAGAAGAAAGACAUUUGUAAAGGCAACGAAAGCCUCAAUGAAGUGCAAAACCAAUAUACAGAUGUUUCAGAGUUGCAAAUCGCAAAUAAUGUUUACAAGGCUGUGUAUGCUGUUGCUUAUGCCUUGGAUAAAACAUAUAGCUGUUCAACAAAGGAGAAUGGACAAGAACAUACUAUUGCAUGUACCAACGCAACAAAUAACCACCAGCCUUGGAAGGUGCUCAGUGAGCUGAAGAAGCUCCAUUUCUUCACUACAACUAAUGAGGAGGUAUACUUUGAUGAGAACGGAGACCCAGCAGCAAGGUAUGACCUCUUGAACUGGCAGCAAGGCAAAGAUGGUAAAACAGUAUUUGUUAAAGUGGGCUUCUACGAUGCCUCCUUGCAAGCACAUCUUCAGCUUUCAUUUAACAAUAUCACUAUCAUCUGGGCCCAUGACCAACACCAGGUACCAGUGUCUGUGUGCAGUGAGAGCUGUCCUGCAGGCUCCAGGAAGGCUGUGCAGAAAGGAAAGCCUGUGUGUUGUUAUGACUGUAUACCAUGUGCAGAGGGAGAAAUUAGUAAUUUGACAGAUUCAGCAACUUGCAUGAAGUGCCCACCUGAACUCUGGUCUAAUUAUAAGAAAGAUAAAUGUAUAUCAAAACUGGUGGAAUUCCUGUCAUUUGAGGAAAUAAUGGGAAUUAUUCUAGUGUUGUUUUCUUUGUUAGGAAUAUGUUUCACCAUGGGCAUUACUGUGGUUUUCUUUACACACAAGGACACACCCAUUGUCAGAGCCAACAACUCAGAGCUGAGCUUCCUAUUGCUCUUCUCUCUGACUCUUUGUUUCCUCUGUUCACUUACUUUCAUUGGUCAGCCCUCCGAGUGGUCCUGUAUGCUGCGUCACACAGCGUUUGGGAUCACCUUCGUCCUCUGCAUCUCCUGUGUUCUGGGGAAAACAAUAGUGGUGUUAAUGGCCUUCAGGGCUACACUUCCAGGAAAAAAUAUCAUGAAAUGGUUUGGGCCUGCACAGCAGAGACUCAGUGUUCUUGCUUUCACUCUAAUACAGGUCCUUAUUUGUGUGCUUUGGUUAACAAUUUCCCCUCCUUUCCCCUAUAAGAACAUGAAUUAUUACAAGGAAAAGAUCAUAUUAGAAUGUAACUUGGGCUCAGUUGUAGGCUUCUGGGCUGUACUGGGUUAUAUAGGAUUCCUGUCCUUCUUGUGCUUUGUUUUGGCUUUUCUGGCUCGGAAGUUGCCUGAUAACUUUAAUGAAGCCAAACUGAUUGCAUUCAGCAUGCUCAUAUUCUGUGUAGUUUGGAUCACCUUUAUUCCAGCUUAUGUCAGCUCUCCUGGAAAAUUCACUGUAGCUGUGGAGAUAUUUGCUAUAUUGGCUUCUAGUUUUGGUUUACUAAUCUGCAUAUUUCUCCCAAAGUGUUACAUAAUCAUACUAAAACCAGAGAAGAACACUAAACAGCAAAUUAUGAGUAAAGCACAAGUGAAAUAA